CCUGAAGGAUUAUCUGCAGAAGAUUGGCAACAAAUGUUGGAACUGUUUGCAUCUCCAGAAUUUAAGGCUCUUAGUUUGAAAAAUGCUAAUAAUCGCUCAAAUCAAAAGGUCAUUGCCUGCACUAGACCAACGCCAUUUGCACAAACAGAAUAUGAUACGAUUGAUGAGAGAACUGGAAAACUACCAUCUGCCUCGGAAGUUUGGAUGGCACAACAUAGCAGUAUGAAUUCAAAUAAUGAGCGGAAGUGGGUGGAUAGUUCAUUAGAGCAUUAUUAUCAUGAGAUAAGAAGAACAUAAGAAGAAGUCAUGCCUGUGGAUGAGACUAUUAACGCUAAUGAAGAUGUCUUGAGAGUGGUGUUUGGUGCUCGCUCUGGCUAUGUUCGCGGAAAAAGUACUGGGUACAAGUCAAUUGCAAAGGGUAUGACAAACAAUCAGAAUUGGAAGAUAGAAAAACUGGAGGCUCAAGUUGUUGACCUAACUGCAAAAUUAGCAGAUCAAGGCAAACAAAAUCUAUCCUUAACCCAAAGGUUCGAAAAAUUGAUGGAAAAUGAAAGGCAUGAAUCAUCUUCUCGCAGUGGGCAAAGGGAGGAUGCUCUCACUUCGGAAGACACACGUGGAGAAGAAUAUACAAGGGAUGAUUGUUCUAGUAAGGCUAGACGUGCGAAUAAGAAACGAAGUGCACCACACAAGCAGGUUUCGAACUCAAAAAGGAAAAAUAGGGAGCUAAGAGAAGAAUGAUGGUUGUUGGUGGAAACAUGGUGCCGUAUGAAGAGUUAUAAGUGAUACU